AUGCGGAAGCAGUCGGAAGGGACGACGAAGAAGCGAGACGUCACCCGGGUCCGGUCACCGGGGCCGCCGGCCGUGGAGAGGGACAGGGACUCCUUCGCGACGAUGGGCCCCGCCCGCCAGGAAAGGGGCACCCAGGGAUACGACGACGGCGGGGAGACAGGAAGGAAACCACGAGCCCCCACCCGAGGAAGGGGGUACCACGGCAGCCGACGUGGUGGGAAGACGGGAGAGAAGACGAGGAGACCUACAGGCCCCCGCCCCGGGCAGGGACAGGGCCCGGAGACGAACCCCGGGCACAGCAGGAGGGACCGGAAGCGAGGUGGUGCGGCCCCAGCCCGGGAGGAGGCGGCGCGGAGGAAGGGGCGACGUGAUGCACCACGGGACCGAACCCCCAACACCAGGCCGGCGGCUCCCGAGCCACACGUCAACACCCAUGCCACUGAUGCCAAGCCGCAGCCCCACGGGUGGCGUUACAGCCAGCCCGUGGGCCCGGCGAGGAGCGGGCGGUCUUUUGCCAAGCCGCAGCCCCACGAGUGGCGUUACAGCCAACCCGUGGGCCCGGCGUGGCGCGGGCGGUCUUAUGCCAAGCCGCAGCCCCACGAGUGGCGUUACAGCCAACCCGUGAGCCCGGCGCGGCGCGGGCGGUCUUAUGCCAAGCCGCAGCCCCACAGGUGGCGUUACAGCCAGCCCGUGGGCCCGGCGCGGAGCGGGCGGUCUUAUGCCAAGCCGCAGCCCCACAGGUGGCGUUACAGCCAGCCCGUGGGCCCGGCGCGGAGCGGGCGGUCUUAUGCCAAGCCGCAGCCCCACAGGUGGCGUUACAGCCAGCCCGUGGGCCCGACCACUGCCGCCAAGUCGCGGCGCCACGGGUGGCGUCCUGAAGCCAGCCCGUGGGCCCGACCAGUGCCGCCAAGUCGCAGCCCCACGGGUGGCGUCCUUCAGGCAGCCGUGGGCCGACCACUGCCGCCCCGUCGCCGCCCCCGGGGUGGGGUCCUUCCGCCAGCCCGGGGGCCCGACCACUGCCGCCAAGUCGCCGCCCCACGGGUGGCGUCCUUCAGCCAGCCCCCAGCCCGUGGGCCCGACCACUGCCGCCAAGUCGCAGCCCCACAGGUGGGCUCCUUCAGCCAGCCCGUGGGCCCGACCAUUGCCGCCUAG